UUCCUUUCUUUCUUUCUUUCUUCUCUCUACUAUCUUGUUGGAUCCUACUGACUUGAUACUCUCUCCCUCCCAUUCCAUACUACUUACUGCCCAUACUAUUUACUACCUCACUUACUGUCAUUCCACGUCAUCACUCGGGUCCUUCCCUCCUCUGCCACUGGAGUGUCCUCAGUGACCAAAGGAACAUCAUCCAUCCCCUUAAUAGUACACACAACUAACAAGCUAUUCUGUAUAUCAGUGCUCCUACUAAGAGACUCACUGCUUCCUGCCACCACAUUCCGCAGUCAUGUCUGAACCACUCACCAAGAUUGACUCGGCCAUCGAGAUAUCCCCCAAGGACGAGAAGGCCCCCGACAAAGAUGCCAAGAAAACCCACAGACGUACCUCUUCCCACGCUGAGGGUAUCUACAACAUCAAGGAACUUGAGGAGAAGAAGAUCGAGAUUACCCUUCCAAUUGAAACCCAGAAGACUGGAUGGAAAUUGAACACCUCACCAUCGACCAUUGAGGACAAGGAUAUCCUAAAACUUCAUCUGAUCAACCCCCCAGUCAAGAAGAUCGAUCUGCACUUCCCACUAGGGCUCGAAGUCACCGCUCGCAAUAUGAAGGGCGUCACGAUAAAGGAUGCGCUGGACGCAAUCUACAAGCAGUUCAAGAAGAAGGCCGACGAUGAGUUGGACAAGCCUUACCUCGCUGGUUUCGAGUGGGACAAGGACGAGUGCUGGACACGCCUCAUUGUUCACCAGACCAAGCAGGGCCCCCCUCAACAGCCCAGCAAGAAGUCCAAGAAGAAGAAGGCUGAGGAGGCAUAGACUGCGGUUGCUUCGGACAGGCCGUGUCCAUCUAACAAUGUCUUCUCUCUUAUCUCUCUUUCAAUGGCUACUUCCACCAUACUUUGUGAUACUUUGUCCUCUUCGUGCCCUUGGCCUCUCUGGAACAGAACCCGGGAGAGUCGAGGCAGGAGCUAGGCGAGAGGAUGAUAAUCCCUGUAAUUUGCCUUUGUUGUCUUUUCACUCCAACUCUCUGCUUUCAUUUCUCUUCCGGGAGGAUGGCCUCGCUAUUCCCUGGCCGAGUUGACUUGCUGAGCACCGGACGAUCUUGUAUCUUCGAGCUCCAUCCCUUCAUUCAGAUUCAAUGUGGAGACACAGGAACAUUUAGUUGAC